UGGCUUCCCGUGCGAGCCUCGUCUGGACACUGUCUGGCCACGGUUGACAAAAAAAAUGACGAAUCUGGAUCCGCUGAGGUCCGUCAUGUCCGUGAUGAGCGUGGACGACACAUCGCUGGCUCUGCCGUCCGUGAACCAGUACCGAUCAGGCCAGCAGCGCGUCCUGGACCAAGUGCAAACGAUCCGCAGGACCAAGUCCAGGCACAGCAGCAGCAGCAGGAACGGAUCCGCGUCUUUAUCUCCAACAAGCCCUCUUUAUGACUCCGUGUUCAUUGAUGCCUCGAAGUCACUGUCGAGCACAUCCAAUGGAAAUGUCUUCUUCGGGAAUGGCCUCUCCAGCACUCUCAGUCUGGAGAAAUACACAUACCGGCAAGCAGUCAACGGCGUCAAGGGAUCCACUGUGAACAGGAGCACGGCAGCUUCCAACUAUCAGUAUGGGAGGAGUUUUGCCCCUGGCAGCUCCAAGGUGGCCGGUCUGUACAACACCAGCCGCAGCGAGCCCAAUCUGGCCUGGCACCACUCCAUGACCAAACGCUCUGCUCCUCCUCAGAGACUCGUCUCCAACAGGUCUACCUACAGGGCGGCACGAUCCAAGAGUCAGUUUAUAAUGGGCACCACCCCCCAGCAUCAGCCUCCGCUCACUGUGAAUGGCACAGGUCAGACCAAAGCAAACUCGCAGUUCGUGUCCAGCCCAGGCGACGUGUCCAAAACACCCACAAAGCCUCCUGCCGACGAGGGCGCCACGAAGAGCAAAGGAGAUUCUGGCAGCGGCGGAGUUGCUGAUAUCACUAUGAAGGAGGCUGUGGAGUAUCUUUCCAACAAGGACGAGACAUAUCAGCACUGCGGCGCCUCCUACAUCCAGCACAACACUUUCAUUGAUGAGAGUGCCAAAGAGGAGGUGUUGAAGCUCAAUGGGAUCCCGCCCCUGGUGGGUCUGCUGCGCAGCUCCAGCUUACAAGUGAACGAGACGGCCUCGGCUGCCCUCCGCAACCUGUCCUUUAAAAGCACCAAGAGCAAGGAGGAGAUCCACCGCUGCGGCGGCAUCGAAGAGGCCGUGGCUCUGCUCAGAGAUACAGACUCUGCGGAGAUACAGAAACAGCUGACAGGUCUCCUGUGGAAUUUGUCCUCCGUUGACAGCGUGAAACCAGACCUGCUGAAGAGCGCUCUGCCUGUCUUCAUGGAGCGUGUGAUCCUGCCUCACACAACAGGUCCUGACCGGACCAGCAGUGACCCUGAGGCCUUCUUUCACACCACUGGAUGUCUGAGAAACCUGAGCAGUACCAUGCAAAGCAACAGACAGGCGAUGAGAAAAUGUCGAGGUUUGAUCGACUCACUGGUCAAAUAUGUUAGAGACUGCGUGGAAGCAGGAAAACCAGAUGAUAAGUCUGUAGAGAACUGCGUGUGCAUCCUCCACAACCUGACGUUCCAGCUGGAGGCCGAGGCGCCGGCUCUGUUCACCAGGAUCACAGCUUUGGUCAAGCCGGUCACCAGGAACCACAGCCAGGGCGACACCAGCCCCAUCGGCUGCUUCAGUCCGCAGAGCAAAUCGCUGGAACGCGAGCGCCACUUUGACUUCCCAGUCAUAGAGGAGCCGCAGCCUAAUGGGGCAGGUUGGCUGAUCCACUCCAAAACUCUGCAGAGUUACCUGUCUCUGCUUGGCUCUAGCCAGGUAGAGGAAACACAGGAAGCUUGUUGUGGAGCGCUGCAGAAUCUCACCGUGCAUGAAGGCAUUGUCUCUGGUGUAAUGAGUCAGAUCAUUGUACAGAAACUGAAUGGCCUGCAAGUUCUCGCCCCCCUUUUAAAGUCAAACAAAGUCAACGUGCAGAGGAACACGGUGGCCUUGGUAGGAAACCUGACCAAGAACCCAAACCUGCACAAUGCCAUAGCUCGUAAAACCCUCCCGGAGCUGCUGGGAAUCCUGUCUGCAGGCACCAAGGAAGGGAACGAGUCCGAUGACACGCUGGCCAUGGCCUGCCGGACCUCCAACUACCUGCUUAUAAAGGAGCCUGAGAUGGGCAAGCACCUGUUAAAGAACAACCUGAUAAACUCACUGACAGAUCUCAGCCAGAACGGAUAUUUCCCCAAAUCCAGAAAGGCUGCAGCCCUGCUCCUCUACAGCCUCUGGUCAGAAAAGGACUUACAAAGCUACUUGAAAAAGCAAGGGAUGAGCAAGUCCUCAUUUGUGAAUGAAGUCACCACGGCGGCUCACAAAUCGGUUCAAAUUGUUGAUUGACACGACGGCCUGACCGGAUCUACGGAUGCCAUUUACCGAAGUAACUCACCUGCAGGUCCUCUGCACACCCUCUGAGGCCGAGUAGCAUCCUCGCUCAUUUCACAAAGACUUCCAGAUGUUUAAUGGAUGUAAUCAUUCCAUCAGCAAAUGGCUACGUGUAGUACAGUGGCCCUGUGUAUGCUGCAAGGUUAACUUUUAACAGGUGAAGGUUAAGUUGUAACAUGUUAGCAACCAGACUGCAAGUUUUUCUGUGCUUUUCUAGUUUUCACUGCUGUCUUUGAAUGUAAAUUCAGUGUCUGUGCCUGCAGCCUUCAACCUGGUACCAUGAGCUUGCUUUAUUAGAUCAUAACAUCAGGCUUAAGAUUUAAUUUUGCACUGAAGUUGCUGUUUUAGUACCGCAACAAAACAUUGUUAAAAAAAAAAAAAAUCAUUUGGAUCAUGUAAAAUGAACAUAAAUAACAGCCGACAUUCUCUGUUGUUAGAGUUGUCUUAAGCCGUGAUGCGUGUUUACAUUUUGUAAAGACAACUUUUAUUUGUGGUGUAUCCAUUUCUUUUUUUCCAUAUGUGUGAUCUUGAAAUUAUCUCUUUGUGUUUUCCCAAAAAUGUCAAUAAAGCUGACAGAGAUCUA